UGCUUUGACUUGACGGGCUAAACGACAUAGGAAAUUUCAGUGAAAAGUGUAUAAAAAAAAUGACGUGAAAAUUCUGAAAAUGCUCGAACGCUCCAAGUUUGAAAGAUAGCAACAAAGAGGAGAAGAAAUCAUAAGAAAUUUUUCGAUGAGUUAAUAUUUGUUGGAUUUGCAAUGAUUGCAACAGAUGACUCCUUCGUUCGAAAAUCUUUAUUUCGAACAAUUAUUUGGAAAAGCUGGAAAUCAAACAUUCAACACAAUUAAUAGAGAAAUAGGCAAUUACAACAAACGUAAGGAGUCUAAGUCACUAAUAAUAAAAUGCAUGCUCUGUGUUUCUGUUUACCAACGAACUACUCGGAGUUUGCUGUGAACACGGUAGUUGCCGACCUAGACCGUGUGUGCCACAUAGGGUAUGUGAAUUUCUUUCCCGUGUUACUGGCCAUGAACGUGGUUUCCAACACAGUUAACGCAGUUGUGCUUAUCAGGGUGCAACUAAAACAUUCUCCUACGCCAUCAAGACUCUACCUCUUCUGGCUUGCCGUCACGCAUUGCCUAACCUGCAUUCCGGUCUUGGUCGGGGCUUCUGUGAGGAACAGAACGAAUCUUCCCCGGGGUUGGGCCUUCUAUUUUGCCCAUAUUGAAGUCCCUUUGUAUAAUUCCCUUAAUUGUACCUGUGUUUUUAUCAUUGUAGGGUUGUCUCUGGACCGAUACAUGGCGAUGAUCGACCUCCACAAGUACUCUUCUCUGAAGGAAUUCAGGAACGUGCCAAGAAGGAUAAUUUUCGCGUAUGUGUGUCCCUUAAUAAUCUAUACACCUAUGUGCUUCGUGCACGAGCCUGAACUUAACGAAAGCGGAAUCGACUGGAGAAUUUCCGACGAUGACAGUCCUCUUUUCUCGAACAAAUGGUUUAAAACCUGGGCCGUAAUUUCCCAGUUUCUGCACAGACUCAUACCGGCCUGCCUCCUCACCCUCAUCAACGUAAGGUUGCUGCUCGCCCUCAAGAAAGUUAGCGAGAAGCGCAGCCAAAUGCACAAGCGAAGCAUAAGCCGUUCUCGGCGCGACGGUCAACUUGUACAUAUUUUAUUCGCCCUCACAAUUAUCUUUAUUAUCACAAGUGUGCCUUCGGGAGUAUUGUAUAUAAUUUACGUGGUGACUGACAAAGCUUGUGAAAUAAACCCCAGUGGGGAGAUCGUGCGUAUUGUUGGCAACUGCCUCGAGAUGGCUGGGUACUCAUGCGACUUUUUCCUUUAUUUCCUCAUCAACAGAGAGUAUAGAAUGGAACUGCGUUUAAUUUACAAGGCCAUCACGAAGCCAUUCUCUGCAGGAUCAGCGCACAUCAACACGGGCAACCUCGAGUCCAACACGGGCACUAACGAGCAUUAGUCUAUUCUUAAAAAAACGUAUUACAGGUGUGAAAUCCAUGAAUUCUAUAGUUACUCGCACAGAAAUAAAUAAACAAAUGAUAUUUUUCUAUGUUUCGUUAAUAGACACAUAUAGUAGAAGUGUCUUCCAAGCAGCCUUACGGUGUUGAUAUCAGAAAACAUUCGAAUGCACAACUAAUUAAUACCUAUCGCCAGAUUUGAAACGCAUUGUUCCAAAAUGAAGUUUAAUGGCAAAU